AUGCGCGAGGCUGACAGCGCGUCCAUGGCGGGGGGAAUGGGUGGGGAGGGAGCAGCGGAGGCGCAGAGCGAUUGCAUUUGCCUCUUAGAGUUUGUCAAGAGUCAAGGUGGUGUGCUGUUGGCCACCUCCUCUGGUGGCAUGCGCGAGGCUGACAGCGCGUCCAUGGCGGGGGGAAUGGGUGGGGAGGGAGCAGCGGAGGCGCAGAGCGAUUGCAUUUGCCUCUUAGAGUAUGUCAGGAGUCAAGGUGGUGUGCUGUUGGCCACCUCCUCUGGUGGCAUGCGCGAGGCUGACAGCGCGUCCAUGGCGGGGGGAAUGGGUGGGGAGGGAGCAGCGGAGGCGCAGAGCGAUUGCAUUUGCCUCUUAGAGUAUGUCAGGAGUCAAGGUGGUGUGCUGUUGGCCACCUCCUCUGGUGGCAUGCGCGAGGCUGACAGCGCGUCCAUGGCGGGGGGAAUGGGUGGGGAGGGAGCAGCGGAGGCGCAGAGCGAUUGCAUUUGCCUCUUAGAGUAUGUCAGGAGUCAAGGUGGUGUGCUGUUGGCCACCUCCUCUGGUGGCAUGCGCGAGGCUGACAGCGCGUCCAUGGCGGGGGGAAUGGGUGGGGAGGGAGCAGCGGAGGCGCAGAGCGAUUGCAUUUGCCUCUUAGAGUAUGUCAGGAGUCAAGGUGGUGUGCUGUUGGCCACCUCCUCUGGUGGCAUGCGCGAGGCUGACAGCGCGUCCAUGGCGGGGGGAAUGGGUGGGGAGGGAGCAGCGGAGGCGCAGAGCGAUUGCAUUUGCCUCUUAGAGUAUGUCAGGAGUCAAGGUGGUGUGCUGUUGGCCACCUCCUCUGGUGGCAUGCGCGAGGCUGACAGCGCGUCCAUGGCGGGGGGAAUGGGUGGGGAGGGAGCAGCGGAGGCGCAGAGCGAUUGCAUUUGCCUCUUAGAGUAUGUCAGGAGUCAAGGUGGUGUGCUGUUGGCCACCUCCUCUGGUGGCAUGCGCGAGGCUGACAGCGCGUCCAUGGCGGGGGGAAUGGGUGGGGAGGGAGCAGCGGAGGCGCAGAGCGAUUGCAUUUGCCUCUUAGAGUAUGUCAGGAGUCAAGGUGGUGUGCUGUUGGCCACCUCCUCUGGUGGCAUGCGCGAGGCUGACAGCGCGUCCAUGGCGGGGGGAAUGGGUGGGGAGGGAGCAGAGGGGGGUGGCAGAGGGGGGUGGCAGAGGGGGGUGGCAGAGGGGGGUGGCAGAGGGGGGUGGCAGAGGGGUUGA